CACAUGUUUUGGAGUGUCAAAUUAAUUGGCAACUUCAAAAUAAUAUCAAACCAAAUGAAAUCAAAACAUUAUAAUAUUAUCUACUUGUAAUUUAUUGUAAUCAGUAAAAAUGAAUUGUAAAUGGCUAAAAGUGACACAAAAUGUACAGAAAGGCAUUCAGAUCCUCAACUCAUUAGAGGAUUCAAAAUUCGAACCAUUCUUAAAAAGAAUUGGAGCUAAAUUAAGGUUGCAAGAAACUGAUAUUUUCACUGAGGAAGAAAAGAAAAAACUACAAGUAAUAUUUAAAGUUGACGAAGACACUUUGAUGAUAGCAAUCAAAACAUUAAUAUAUUUACAUAAAAGGCUUUUAAAGUUUAUAUUUAUGCCUGUUGAUUUACACAAAGAUCUUAUAAAUGUUGGUUUCAAGACAGAAAAGGCUGAUUUUAUUGUCAAGUUAUGGUCAUCGGAAAUAAGUUCUACAUUAAAUGAUUUAGUUUGUAACUCUAUGGAUAAAGUUGGUGACAAUCAAAAGUUUUCAUGGAAAUUAAACACAGAGUUAAGUUCUGACAUCCAAAAGAAAUGUAAGAUACCAAAAGCUUAUUUGACAAUAUCAAAUGAGAAAACAGAACAAGAGUUGGAGUUAACACAUUCUGAACUGUAUUCAAUGUUCAUACAAUUUGAAGCAAUUCAAAAUGAAUUGGAUGGUUCGGUUUUAUAGCCCAUCAUUCCAUGUAUAUCUACAUAUGUCUACAUAGUACCAUAUGUGCCUUAUUAAAGUCCUUCAAUUGUUUUUCAAUAAUUAUGUUAGGAUAAUAUAGAUUUGUCCGAUAAUAUAGAAGUUAUAAAUAAAAGUCUUC